ACUAUGAGGUUUAAAAUAAAAGACACACUCAAAACUGGCUGGUUCAUAGCUCAAGCCGCUUUUGAACCCUACAUCGUGGCCUCAGGUGCAUUCUUUAUACCACUAGCACUCGAGCAGCUCGCUAAGGAUAACGCUGCGAGUGACGGACGUAUAGCAUUCCUCGGAUGGAGAGUGGAAAGUGCGAGUUACAGUUUAUACAUCGGUAGUUUGAGCGUCUUCAUCCAAGCUCUAGCUGUCAUUUCCCUGGGUACCGCUGCAGAUAAUGUGACGCACAGACUACACCUUCUUACAACAGCAGCAAUAGUUGGUUCCCUGGCCUGCAUCUCUUUCUACCCACUCACUGGUUUAUUCUGGCCAAUAGCAUCAGUAAUCGCCAUCUUAACACAGACAUCCUACGGAAUUGGUGGCGUUUGUCUAAACUCAUACCUUCCUUAUCUUGCCAAAAGGACAGUCAAAAGAUUAAAAUAUGGUUUAGAUAACGAUUACGCCCCAAUUUUUACUGAUGAACCAGAGGAAGGCGAUGACGUUGAUGAUAACGCUUCAUUCUCACAUUCGGAAACAUCUUCGUCUUCUGGUGACGCCUCUGAUGAAGUAGUUGAUGAGAAGUUCAGUGUACAAACACAAACUGCAAGAUUGUCCGCCUAUGGUCAAGCACUUGGUUAUGCAUCCGGUAUAGCCCUACUCAUAGUCUUACUUAUACCACUUAAUAUUCUUUCAAAAUCACCACAUCCGCCAGAUAAUCCGGUCCCACCUCCAAUUUUCGCGAGGAAGAUAUUCACAAAGAGAAGUCCUAUUGUCGCUAUACGCGCUUGUAUCACCUUUACAGGUGUUUUAUGGGCUCUGUUGGCUAUCCCUGCCAUCACACUCAUACGGAAAGAUACGCCAACGAAGCAGGAGAACGAGAAUCAGUUAUCAUAUUCUCAAGCAAUUAAGGAAGCUUGGAAGAGAUUAUAUCAUACUUUCCAAGUUCGUGAGAUUAAGCAAUUGCAAUCUACCUAUUGGUUCCUUUUAGCAUGGGCACUGCUUUCAGACGGAUUCGCUACUAUAACAUCGACUGCUAUUCUUUUCGCUAAAACACAACUUCACAUGGAUAGUCAGCAAUUGUUAGCAAUAACAGUACUUUCACCGCUCGCUGGCGCAUUAGGGUCAAUGAGUUCUCCAUACAUACAAAAGCAACUCAAAUGGUCAAAUCAUCGCUCUCUGGUCGCUAUAGUCUUGGCUGGUCUCUUUGUUCCAUUUUAUGGCUUAUUAGGCUUCUUGCCGUUUUUCAAAAAUAUCGGGUUCGGAGGUUUCACAACGCCUGAAGAAAUGUUCGGAUUUGCAAUAUACUUUGGUGCAAUAUAUGGUGCUUUCCAAUCAUACGCUAGGACUGUGUUUAGUGGUCUAAUUCCACCCGGUCAAGAAGCACAUUGGUUUAGCAUUUAUGCAAUUUCUUCAAAAUCUACUUCAUUUAUCGGUAGUUUACUAGUUGGUCUUUUAGCUGAUAAAUCUAGCAAUAUUCGUUCUGGUUUCUUGGCCAUUGCUGUACUUUUCCUAAUACCUCUACCAGUUCUCAUUUCGAAAAUACGUCCUGCACAAGGAUACGUUGACGCAAGGAUUUACGCACAAGCUAGAUCAUGAAGACUACACAAAUUUACGUCUUUUUUAUGACAUUUUAACGAUUGUAUUUACUUGUUUCAUGUUGUUCAUUAUACGGGUAA